AUGCCAUCCCGCUGUGUCCAAAUCUUGCUGCCGUUCGGAGUGACCUACACGUUGUUGGUGAUCUCACUCUGGAACGUCUUGAUCUUCCUGGGGCCAAUCAUAUCCUCCAAACUCCAGGCCAUGGGUGACGUCACGAGCCGGGGACGGAUAAGAGUGUUCCACGGCAUACCCAAACAGCCGAUGGCUGUGGGUGUCCCCGUCAAGUUUAAAUUGCUGACUCUGCUGAAAUUCCACCCACAUCCAGCUAAUGAAACUUUCCUCAAAAUAGGAUCUAACGGUACCGACGACAGUACUCUUGGAAAUAAGACUGAACGUUCCCCAGAGAGUGACGAUUGUACAUUGAACCUUGAUGUGACAGACCAAUGCUUAUCUUUAGUGAAAGGUUCUGAUGUGAAGACGUUGAACAAACAGCCGAUAAUUCCGAGACCUCAGUGUACACUUGGGAACUUAUUAAAAAACUGUACGAGGUUCAGAUAUACACAUAGGUACGAAGACAAACCGGUGACCUCAGAGGAAUUAGAAUAUCCUCUUGCAUUUGCAAUCAAGAUGCACACGGCUCCAGAACAGGCGGAACAGUUGCUGAGGACGAUCUACCGGCCACAUAACGUCUACUGCAUCCACGUCGACCAGAAAGCUGAAGCAGGAGUGUUUGAGACAAUGAAAUCCAUCGCAGGUUGUCUUGACAACGUGGUGGUCAUUGAAAACCGAACGGCGGUCGUGUACAUGAGCUCUGCAGCCAUUCAAGCUGAGAUGAAGUGUAUGCAGAAGCUUCUGGAGACCAAGGUCAAGUGGAAAUAUUACAUCAACCUUGCUGGUCAAGAGUUCCCACUUCGAACCAACCUGGAAAUUGUCAUGAUGUUGAAGAGGCUAAACGGCGCAAACGACAUAGAGAGUUACGAUCAUCCAAGAUUUCAGGAAUGGCGAUUCAAGAAGAAGUUCCUGGUUAUCGAUGGUAAACUUGAACAGACCAACGUCAACAAGGAACGUUUUGGGUAUGACAUUCAACUGAGCAAGGGGAGUGCGUAUGGGAUGUUUAAAAGAGAAUUUGUGCAGUUCGUGUUAACGGACGAUGUUGCGCGUAAGUUAAUAAACUGGUUAAAUGACACGUCAUCUCCGGAAGAGAACCUUUGGGCGACCUUGAACACUCUUCCGUGGGCGCCUGGGGGAACGUACGUUGAGACAAGACAGACAUUCAACACCCACGCCUCUCGCGCCCUCAUCUGGAACUGGGACAGAGACGUCUGCCACGGCACCUUCGUCCGUAGUGUCUGUGUAUUCGGUUCUGGGGAUCUGAAAUGGUUGGCCUCCAGACCAAACGCCAUCGCGAAUAAAUUCAACAACGACCUUGACCCUGUUCCUCUGGAUUGUCUGGAGUCGUGGUUACAACGUCGUCUGCUCCAUCCCCUACUCCAGACCGUUGACAAACAAUAUCUUGCUAAUUUACCGCAUGUUAAGUACUAUAAUAAUAUUGACUUUUCGCAUCUUUCAACAAAAUACUUGCAAGAAAAGAAAAGGAAAUGGCUAAAGAAACAUUCGUGGAAACCCUUCUGA